AUGUUGUUAUCCCCAGGCCACUCACCCCGCCAUCUCUCCACCCCUUCACCUUCUCCUUCCGGUUCUUCUGAUCCGAACCCUAACCCUAACUCUGCCGUGCUCUCAGCCUCCAACCCCGAUCCCGCCACUCGAAAGCGCCGCCGUAGCCCCACCGUCCUAGACGAGGACGCCUAUGUCGCCGCCAUCGAGAAGAUCAUCGAGCGGGACUUCUUCCCGGACAUCCCCAAGCUCCGAGAUCGCCUCGACUGGCUGCAGGCCGUCCGAACCCACGACCCGUUGCUCAUUCGAGACGCGCAGCUCAAGAUCCUCGAACGACGUCGCCUGAGGAAAGUCGGAAGCUCCACCUCUGCCGUCGAUUCCAGCCGCCACGCCACAGUAACCCCAGGUUCGUCUUUCCUACGGAAUACCUCUGUCACGCCAUCCUUAUACAACGAGCAGAAGGAGAAUCUUGUUGGAGACGAGCUCGAUGGAGACGGUGAUGGAGGAAAGGAGCUGGUAGACGUGUCCUUGUCCCUGGAUGAGUUUUUCAGGAAGUACACGAGUGAGGACAAUGAGAGCUUCUCAAAGAUUCUGGAGAAAGUGAAUCGAAAAAGGAAGGAAAAGUAUGGGUACUUGCUAGAAGACGGAUCAUCCCAUGAAAAUUCUGGGAGUAACCUGAUUGAGAACGGCAAGCAACGGGAGAAAAAUGCUACCGAUGGCUAUGGGACAUCAGAUCAGCCCGUGAGCACAUUAGAUGGCUGGAAAUACACUCCCAAGAACUUGCUGAUGUAUCACCCGGCUGAUAAAGGUGAGGCACCCUUGACUGAGGAGGAAAGAGCCCUGAGGCUGAAAGCAAUGACCAAAGAGAUCAGCCGACCAAACACGAGAUUCCAUGGAAAAUCAAUGGAUACUGAUGCACCAAAGGAUGACGACACUAUUGCGGUGCUCUACUCGCCGGUGGUGGGGGCCACUCCUGUUCAUAUAUCCAGUCGAGAUGGUGACAAGACAAAAAAAUACGACCUUGACGACCUGAGGAAAACUCCCAACAAAUUCUAUGUCGAGUCUGAGAGGAAGGCUGACAAUGGCUAUAGCUUUGUGAAGACGCCUUCCCCUGCACCUGGGGCAGACGAGUCCCCAUUCAUAACGUGGGGUGAAAUUGAGGGGACCCCUUUGAGGCUAGAGCCAGAGGAUACACCUAUUGAUAUCGGGGGCAGUGGGGAUGGGCCCCAGUUCAAAAUCCCGAUGCCACCUUCAAGGGAUGUGAAGGCACAUUCUUUGUCUCGGGAGGCUGCCAAGAAGCUCAGGGAGAGGUCGAGAAUGUUCCAGAAGCCUCCAUUGCCAUCCCCUGUUAGAGGAGGGAGCGCGAGUCCUGGGAAAAGGACGCUUUCGCCUGCAGCUCAGAAGUUUAUGAGGAAUGCGAUUGCAAAGUCUUCACAGUCGAUUGAUGAGUCCUUGAGAGCAAGUUACAGGAGUGGGAGCCCUGGGCUGGGUACGCCUAAGAGUGGGAGGAGUAUGUCUAGGUUGGGACGAGAUGGGAGCAUGGGUUCCAGGUCGCCUUCGCCGCGGCCCGGGACCCUCCGCCACGCGGCCAUCCAGCCCGGACCCCUCUGGAUCGUUUUCGCCCACAGCAUGGUGAUUAGGCUGAAACAGGAGCUCAUAUUCUCGAGCCACAAGACGGUCGACGGGCGUGGGGCCCACGUCCACAUUGCCUACGGCGCUGGAAUCACGCUGCAGUUUGUGCACAACGUGAUCGUUCACAACGUGUGGAUUCACGAUAUUGUCCCCACUUCCGGGGGAAUGAUUAGGGAUGCCGUUGACCAUGUGGGCCUACGCACGGUAAGCGACGGGGACGGGAUAUCGGUUUUCAGCUCAAGCGAUAUAUGGAUCGACCAUGUCUCGUUGGCUAAGGGUACGGAUGGGCUGAUUGACGUGAUCGAAGGCUCGACAGCUGUGAUCCUUUUGGGGGCGCACGAUCGCGACACGAAAGAUUCGAUAAUGCAAGUGACAGUUGCAUUCAAUCGGUUCGGGAAAGGUUUGGUCCAAAGGAUGCCGAGAUGCCGGUGGGGAUUUAUCCAUAUCAUCAACAAUGAUUAUUCCAAGUGGAAAAUGUAUGCUAUAGGUGGAAGUGCGCACCCGACCAUCAUCAGCCAGGGCAACCGGUUCAAGGCUUCAGGCGACCCAAAUACAAAAGAGGUGACCAAGAGGAACUUUGCGACUGAGGACGUGUGGAGCAAAUGGCAGUGGAGGUCCGAGGGUGAUAAGUUUGCGAAUGGAGCCUACUUCACGGAGUCGGGCCCACAGGUUGUACAUGCAGAAACUCCCUUCACUAAGAAAAACUUCAUCAAGUUCAGGCCCGGUUCAUAUGCCGGCAGGCUCACGCGAUAUGCUGGUGCACUCAGCUGCCGUUAUGGCGAAUUAUGCUAA